UCUCGAGCAAGAGGAAGUGAAUUUAUACAUUUUUUUGUUUGGAUUUCCCCCUAGUCAUCGUUGUCACUAGUUAUCAUUAUCACUCCCGGCCAUAACACAGACUCCCGUCCUCCUGUAGAUCUCUUUUAACUCCGCAAAUAUGCCUUUGGAAAACCUGGAGGAAGAGGGUUUACCUAAAAACCCCAACCUGAGAAUAGCUCAGCUGAAGUUUUUACUGACUCUGGAUGAUCACAGACAUGAUGCUGAAGUGAAGAGCGAGCUGAUGGACGCCAUCAAACUCAACAAUAUGGCCCCGUACUAUGAAGCCCUGUGUAAAGAGCUGAAAUGGCAGGUGGACACGGAUCUGUUGAGUAAGAUGAAGAAAGCAAAUGAGGAUGAACUGAAAAGGCUGGAUGAUGUUUUGGAAGAUGCUGAGAAGAACCAGGGAGAGAGUGAGAUCAGAGAUGCCAUGAUGGCCAAAGCUGAAUAUCUCAUACGCAUCGGUGACAAGGAAGGGGCCUUGACUGCCUUCAGGAAGACGUAUGACAAGACUGUUGCUCUUGGUCAUCGCUUAGAUAUUGUUUUUUACUUGCUGAGGAUUGGUCUGUUUUAUAUGGACAAUGACCUCAUCACCCGCAACACUGAGAAAGCCAAAAGUUUGAUUGAAGAAGGUGGUGACUGGGACCGGAGGAAUCGCCUGAAGGUGUAUCAGGGCCUCUACUGCGUGGCCAUUCGGGAUUUCAAGCAGGCAGCGGAGCUCUUUCUGGAUACUGUCUCCACUUUCACCUCGUAUGAGCUUAUGGACUACAAGACAUUCGUCACAUACACCUAGAAAAAAAAAUGUAUGUAUACUAACACAAGAAAUAAUGGGUUUUCUCAGGUGAUUAAGGGUGCUGAGAUCUUGGAGGUGUUGCACAGUUUACCUGCUGUCCGUCAGUACCUCUUCUCUCUCUACGAGUGCCGUUAUUCCGUAUUCUUUCAAUCAUUGGCUCGAGUGGAACAGGAGAUGAAGCAAGACUGGUUGUUUGCUCCUCAUUACCGUUACUAUGUCCGAGAGAUGCGCAUCCUGGCCUAUGGCCAGCUGCUGGAAUCCUACCGCUCCCUCACGCUGGGAUACAUGGCCGAAGCGUUUGGAGUCAGCACAGAGUUCAUCGACCAGGAGCUGUCGCGAUUCAUCGCCGCAGGACGUUUACAUUGCAAGAUCGACAAAGUUAAUGAGAUUGUGGAAACCAACAGACCUGAUAGUAAGAACUGGCAGUACCAGGAAACCAUAAAGAAGGGCGAUCUUCUGCUGAACAGAGUGCAGAAGCUGUCCAGAGUGAUCAACAUGUAGUCCAACAUAUGGCAUUUGAUCGCUACCCAUGUCUUUUCAUGUGAACAACCUGACUUUUGUUUUAUGUACAGUAUAUAAUAAAACUGAAUUGGAGGAAA